AUGUCCUCAUUGAAGACAUUAACUGUCUAUUAUGACCUUUUUGGUCCGGAUGCUAUGCUCACUUGUACAAUCAAGAUUGAUGCUGUGAAUCUUGUAACUUUCAGUAUCACAAGCUAUCUAACAGUACAGUUUGUCCUAGUGAACCUGGACUCCCUAGUUGAUGCGCAUGUUGAUUUUGUGAGUUUUGAUCCGUUUUUGCAACAAAUUGCUGGUCCCUGUACAAUUAAUCUAUUGAGAGGAUUUGGUAACAUGAAGACUCUCAGACUAUCAAAUGAUACAGUUGAGUGUCUUUCCUAUGCAAAAACUACACUCCAUCUCCUUCCUAUGUUCAACAAUUUGACAUAUCUUGAUGUCGAUUUGGGAGCUACUGAGUCCACUCAUGAAGCCUUGAUGGACAUUCUCCAAAAGAUGCCUAAACUGGAAACACUUUAUAUUCCUACGGGGUUUCACCCAGAUGUCUGCAUGAAUGGCAAAGGUUGGAUAUUGAAUUCAGUGCCUUGCUGUUUCAAAUCUUGUCUCAAGUUAUUUUGCAUUUCAGAUUUUGAUGGAGGUGUAGCUGAAAUGGAGUUGCUGAAGUUUGUGCUGAAAAAUGCCACAGUUUUAGGGGAGAUCCAGUUAUUCUAUACAGAUGCUCAUCUUAUUGUAAAACUUGAAGUGUGGUUGAAUCUAUUAGCUUCAGAGACAACAGAGAAUCUGAAUUCUCAUUCUGCAUGA